UGGGACCCUCAGGGGCUGGGGGUGACGGGCCCGCAGGGGGAACAGGGACCCCUUUUCCGUGGGCACCGACCUCCUGCGGGUUGGUUUUUUUUUGUCAAUAAAAAUAGCGGAAAUCAUAAAACUCGCCUUAACGUGUAUUUGUCUCCAUGGAGAGUUCUCUGUGAGUAUUGCUGGGCCAAGUGGAAAAAUCGCGUGAGGAGACAGAUGACCCCCACAGUUUCAAGUCAUACAAGAAGGCCCUGAUGUUGUCCUAGUGCUGUUCCUCUACCUCGAGCCAGCAUGUCGAAGAAAUCCAAAGCCCCGCUGUCCUUGUCCGACUGCCUGUGCCAGAUUUGCAUGGAGAUCUUUGUGGAGCCUGUCACGCUGCCAUGCAGCCAUACCCUGUGCAACUCCUGCUUCCAGAUGACAGUGGAAAAGGCCAGCCUUUCUUGCCCCUUCUGUCGGCGUCGGGUUUCUUCCUGGGCACGCUACAACACCCGCAGGAACACUCUGAUCAACUGGGAGCUCUGGGAGAAGAUUCAGAAGGAUUACCCGGAGGAGUGCGAGCGCAGGAUGAACGGGCAGGAUUUGGAUGAGGAAAUCUGUGUCCCCAAGCCACAGCACCAGCUGAGCAAGCCUGGGGAGCUGAGGCAGGAAUAUGAAGCAGAGAUUAGUAAGGUGGAGGCAGAAAGGCGAGCACACGAGCAGGAGGAGAACAAAGCCAGUGAGGAGUACAUCCAGAGGCUGCUGGCUGAGGAGGAGGAGGAGCACAGGCUGGCAGAAGAGAGAAGGAAGGAGAUGGAGAAGCAGCUGAAGCAGGAUGAAGAGCUGGCCUGGCAGCUCAGUAACAGCCUGAAUGAAGAUCCUGAGGGACACGUGCCUGGCAGCCCAUCACCAGCACACAGCCUCUCCCUUCAGACAUCCCCACUGCUCCUGAGCAAGGCAAAGAACAAACCAAGCAACUCUGGAGACAUUCAGAAGUAUCUGUCUCCAAAGAAUUCCAGUAUGUUGGGAUCAGCAUUGUUCUCCAGUACCACAAAAAGAGGAGGGAGCAACUCUAUCUCUGGGGAGACCAACAGCAAUGAAGGCAGCAGUUCUGCAGGGCAGGAUGAGCAAGAGGAAAUGCCAACCCUGUCUCCACAGCUGACCAGUGUAAAUAAAGAUUCUGCAGCUAAGGAUUCAUUUUUGGAAUCGUGCAUGAACUAUUUCAGUGCCUCAGCUUCAGGUGAAACUGCCACAAAGCAGGAAGAAGCACCAGGACCAAAUGGUUUAGAAGAUGGAGUUCCAGAUGCACUUCAUGGAACCACAGAAGGGGAAGGGUCUAGGACAGUUCUUCUUAGAUCCAAUGGAGAUGAUGAUGGAAUUGAGUCAGACAGUGGCAAUUUGACACAUGAACAAAGGGUAAACCUUGAAGAGGCUGAUGAGACUUGUACCUCUGGUCAGUUAGGAAUGAAUUGUGUGAUGUCUGACAGCCAGACCGUGUUGCCUGGUCUGGGGAAGGAGGCUGGACACUCAAAUGCAGAGACACCAGAAAGGCCACAGAACUCUAGGGAGACCCCCAAAAGGAAGCUAUUGGAAGCCCCAGCUGAUGCCAUGAUUGACUUGGACAUGCUUGAUAAGAGGAGAAGAACCUUUUCAGAAAAUGCAGAAGACCAAGGAGAGCAGAUGGAUGAUUUUAACUUGCAGACACAAAGAGCCUUUGAGCAGGAGUUCUAUGAGAGGCGCAGGCAGGAGGAGCAGGACAGGCUCUUGGCCCUGCAGCUGCAGAAGGAGCUGGACAAGGAGGAGAGGACACUGAACAGGCAGAAGGGCUCUCCUGACGAGUAUCUGCUUCGUACCAAACCACCUCCUCGCUCUGGGAAAGACUCUGCUGCCAGGAAGGGAAGCUCCAAGGGGACAAAAGACUCAAAGGGAUCAAAAAGUCAGGCUGAAACCAAUCACCACAAAUCUAGGAAAGGUUCCUGCAAUGAAAACUGGCAGUCACCUGCCAGGGUCCGGGUGAAAUCCCCCAGCAUCAAGGAAGGAAAGGUUUUGAAUUGUGUGGUUAAUACCAGUGACACAAAUGAUAUUUGUUCACUGCCUAAGAACAAGCAAAAGACAAUCCUGCAGAUGUUUAAAAGCCCUGUUGCAGAGUAGAUCAGAGCCAUGGAUGCUUGGUGGAGUGGGAAUGGGAACUGUGGUGAUGUUCUCCUGUGCUGGCCAAGCUUCCCUAUGCAGUUUUGAGUGGUUGCCUUGGAGGGGAACCACUUUGGGCAGCAGUUCUGUGAGUUCUGAGAAGUUUUAGCAGCAUACACCGCCAGAAUGUAACAUUUUUUAAUUGUUCCUUUCUUGAAUUAUUGUUUUUUUGCACUUGCAGCACUUCUUGCAGAAAUGGGAGCAUUUCUUAUUUUCUAACUUGCAUUUACAUGGUGUGCAGUGUGAAUACUGGUAGUGUUGGAAAGCAAUAAGUGAUGGUCUGAUCUGGAAAUGAGAGUCCAAAGGCUUUGAUGGAAAAAAUGCACAUUCCAUGGAGGAAACAAAUGAAAAACGAGUCUGUGUUCCCAGCUGGCUGUCAGCUGCAAGGUUGAAGCUUCCCUCACACAAGCACUGUUCUGUACAUUGAAGCACCUUGCUGGAAUUGCAUUGUUGGCACACGCACUGACAGGAGUGUGAGCAGACAGCCACUCUUUCCCUCUCAAUGUUGACCCUCCCUUCAACAAAAAGGAAACAAACAGAUCAUUCUCCACUGCCAAAGCCAAGGAUCUUCCAUGGAUGCCAAGGCUGUAGGCUCCCAUUCACCUCUGCUCACAGAGAUCCCUCCUGCAGGUCCCAUUUUCCCUGUUAAGAACAAGAUACUUUGUUUUCUUGUUGUUAAUGUCCUGUUAAUGAUACAUAUGAAUGUACAAUGGUGUUCCUAUACUUUAUGCAGUUUAAUUUUCAUACUCAAACUGGUUUGAGUGUGAUUAAAACAAUAUUCCAAAGCCAGUUGUGAUGGAGAAAGUUAAAAGGGAAAGAAGCAACUGAAGACUGGAGUUGUCAGUAAUGACAUAGCUGAAUUAGAAAUUCACAUAACUGCCUUGCCUGGCUGUAACUGUUCCCCUCCAUUUUUAGAGGCACUACUAAAUACUGUUCCUGUUGGUUUUAAAACUAAAAUAACUCAAAAAAAUUUUUAAUUUAAACAUGGAGGUGCUGAGGCCUGUAGGAAGUUGAGGCUGGGGAAGAGGCAACCAGAUCCUACUAUGCAGAGGAAGUUUUCUUGCUAAUUGUUUCAUCUGUUUUAUGAAGCCAUAUUUUGGCUUUUCUUUGCUUCUUUGGAGCUACUUUUGCACUGUCUGUGUUUGAAAUGGAGCCAAGUGCCAGCUGCAGUCCUGAAGGGUUUGUGUUAAUCAUCAAAGUCAGCAGAUGUUUGAGUUCUGUCCAUUUUUUGAACACCGUUGAUGACUUUAAUUCUGUUCUAGGACAUUCAUGCCAGACUUGUUUCUUCAGCAGCAUCUUCUGAUGGUUUAAGUUUUAAACAAGUUUUAUGGAAAGCAUGACCAGCACACUGAGCCAAAAAUAUGAUUGUUGGGAUUUUUUUUUCCUUAGGGCCUGCACAUCUCUUAUCAUUGGUAUCUUAUCAUUGGUAGGCUCCUCAUAAAUAAAUAAAUAUUUGUUCUGUUCAGAGAUGUUUUUUGAGAAAGUUAAAACAGGUGGCCAGUGGCAAAUCCUUUGCUUUUUCUCCUGUUGCCUCAGCCAUUGUUCUGGAAGCUUUCCUUCAAAAUGGGUCUGUUUUUCCUUAAUCUUUAACACAGUUGGGAUUAUUUUCUGAUUUACCCAUGAUGUCAAAAAAAAAAAUAAUUAAAGGGUUUUUUUUUAAGGCAGAGCUACUGACUGUUUCCAUGCUGGUGACUCUCAGCCUGUCCAGUCAGGGUAAGCCUGUAAAAAAACAAUCCCCAUUUUCAAAGCUGAAUGCAAAACAAAACAGGACUAAAAAUUUAAAGAUUGAUUGUUAGACAAAACAAAUCUUAACUGCAAAAUGUACAAAAUCUGUCACCUAUAGCAGCAGCCUUAUCUGAGGUGAGAUGCUGCAAGCCCCCAAAUGAUCCCAUUCCUCACUAUAUCCAUGGCACAAUAAUGCUCACCAGGCAUAAUUUGGCUUCUUCUUUUAGAUCUUCAUUAUUAGAGGUGGAAUUUGGCUGAGUGGAUUUUGGUUGUACCAACAGCUUGUUUCUGACCCUGUGGUCUGGAAGCUUUGAAGGAGGUGAAAUCAAUUUUGUUUACUGGUGAAGCAGGAGUGUAUUUGAGAUUGCUGGGCUGUAACAGUUCACUGCUGCUCACCUGCCUUCAGCCCUGGUGAUUAAUUUGUCUUGUUUGUGAACAAGUUCAGCUCAUCCAACUGCCAGGAAAAACAAACCAAGUGCCAAAACCCCAAAUACUUCACAGGCUUGGUUGCCUCUCUGAGCGCCAGAGCUGCUGUGGAGGCAAUAAGAGAGGGAGCAGAUGGACCUGUUUCCAUGGCAGUGAGGUAAUAAAUUAUUAGAAUUUUAGGGAAAUCUCGGCUUUCUGUGGUACUCAGAGUUGACAAGUGUUACUGGCAAGGUGUUCAGCAGCAAGGCAGUCACAUUCCUGCUGUGUCUGGAAACUGGAAGGGAGUAAAACAUUCCUUUCCUGACAUUCCUUCAGGUGGCCUGGGGAUCAGAAACACCUGGUACAGUAGGUGGGGACAAAUUCAAGGGUUUCCUAUUCUGGCUUUGUGACAGUGAUGGCAGGGGUGCCCUGUGGGUGCAGAUGAGCUGUUCCUUGACUACCUCAGGUGCUGCCCCACAGAAUCCCAGGAUGGGUCAGGCUGGAAGGUGUCAGUGUGUCCAUCUGCUCCAUCAGGGCCAUGCCAGAGCCCAUGGCACACAUUGUGCCCAGACAGCUCAGGGAUAUCCCCAGUGAGGAGACUCCACACCCUCUCUGGGCUCUGUUCAGGGCUCAGGCACUGCCCAGGAAAGUUCUUCCUCAUGCCCAGGUGGAGCUGCCUGGGCUCAGUCCCUGCCCGUGGCUCCGGUGCCAUUGCCGGGCCUGGAGCAGAGCCCGGCCCUGCUCUGCCCCUCCCUGCAGCCAGGGCCAGCCAGGGCUGAGGGCCCCUCUCAGCUGGGGCUCCUCUCCAGGCUGGGCAGCCCUGGCUCCCUCAGCCUUGACUGGGCACCCACAUGCUCCAGGCCCUUCAGCAUCUCCACAGCCUCUGCAGUCCCGGCUCCCUCAGCCUUGACUGGGCACCCACAUGCCCCGGGCCCUUCAGCAUCUCCACAGCCUCCCCUAGACCUGCUCCAGCAGCUCCAUGUGUCUCAUCUCCUGAGGCACCCAGAGCUGGACACGGCACUGCCAGGGCUGCACAGAGGGACAGGAUCAGUCCCUGACCUGCUGACAGUGCUCGUCCCAGUGUCCCCAGGCUACCAGGACACUCUGCCGCCUCGGGGACAGCUGGUUGCUUAUUGGAACCUCCAUGUCCUUCACCACAGCGCUGCUGUCCAGCGGGUCACCCC